AUGGUUAGAGACAAGGUAAAAGUUUUAGAGGGUCGACCGUGGGUUUUCGAGAGUAAUCUAUUCUUGGUAGAAGACUUCGAUGGGCACACUUCACCUUCGAAAUUUACUUUUGACAAAGCUUCUUUUUGGGUGCGGAUCAUGAACUUACCCUUGGCUUAUAUGGGACGCGAGGUAGGUUUCAAACUCAGACCUGCGAUCAGGACAGUGGAAAAGGUGGAUACCGAUAAGGAUGGAAUCGGAUGGGGGGAGUUUUUACGAGUUAAGAUCGUGAUCGACCUCUACAAACCCCUCUCACGUGGACGCAUGCUAAAGUUCGAUGGGAAGUCGACUUUGAUCGGUUUCAAAUAUGAGCGUAUGCCUAAAUUCUGUUAUCAUUGUGGGGUACUUUGUCAUGGAGCAGAAGGGUGCCUGAAACGAAGUAUGAUGAGAAACCAGGAGAUCCUUCAAUUUGGCCCAGGGAUGAGAGCCAGCUCACCAACCCGACGAACAGAAAAACACCAAGAUAUGCAAGUAGGUCAUUCAGAUUAUACAAAGUCUGCUCAACCUGAACCAGGAGGAUGGAAACACUAUGAUGAUCAUCUUGAUAGGGGGGGUAUAAUGGCCGGAAAAGAAGGCAUAAGGAAACCAGAAGGGCAGAACAUAAUGAAGGGGUAUUUCGGGGAAGGCGACAAUCUGUAA